AUGGGUUCUGUUAAACAAAGAUCUAUUCAUCAGAAUGAGAAGGUUGAAUGCUUUUAUCCGAGGUUUCUGAUGUUAUUUUUAAAUGAUAAGAUGAAUGAGGCUGAUAGGAACAUGUAUGUCGAUUCUCCUGUGGUUCCUAUUCAGAGGACUUGUGCUAAGAUUCAGACCAGGCUGGUCAACAAGAAGAAGCAUGAGAAUGUGCCACUGGUUGUGACUCCUUUCAUGCUGGAGCAGUUUAGUGCUCCAUUUCAGCCUGUUCAAGUCCCUGAACCUCUACAACAACAUCAAUAUCAACAACAACAACAACAACAACAACAACAGCAGCAACAUGCUCAACCAGAAAUGCAAGAACAACAACAACCACCUCAACAAAACCUCCAACCACUACAACUCAUCCAAGACUACCAAUCCUCCAGCCAAUCCUCACACCACUCACCAUACAACCCUCCAUACAACUCACCAUAUCAAUCACCUUACCAAUCACCAUACAACUCUCCUCGCCAAUCUCAAAACCAAUCCCCUCCGCACUACAACUUCUUCCCUGAACAACAAUCAUCAAUAUUUCCUUCACAGUCUGAACCUAUACCUUCACCUACCCAUACACAUCACAUUCCCCAAACACAAUCCACCUCUCAACCCCUGCCAUCUGAUUCUGCUAUCAAUCCAGAGCUACAGGACUUCAGGACUGACUUACAGGUAGCUCAGCAAAGGGUGGCAGAACCGGAAACAACUGCCGCUGCAUCCAUUUCCUCCCAAAAGGAUUUGGACACUGAAAUGGUAAAUAUAUAG